AUGUUGCCAGGAUUGAUUGAGAGCGAGGCUGCUCUCAAUCCUAGCGGUCUACAAAAGAAGGCCCUCUCGGACGACAUCCUCGAGCGCAUCUCGAACGACUUGCCUUCGGACCUACCUCCUCCCAACCACUGGCAAAGGCCCGAGCAGUACCGCGCGCUGGACGGCCACGGCAUCCACGCCGGCUUCGGCGGCGGCCAUUCCAGCGGGCCCGCAGCAAGCCUCCCUGCCGCCCAGCAGCACUUUGGCGACCGCCGCUCGUCUGCCGGCGCGCUACCGCUUCCCGCCGGCAUGGCUCCAGCGGUGAUGCACCGGGGGCUCUCCGCCCUCGCGAGCAGCGGACACGUCCUCGAGCGCGCUCCGGGCGCCGCCGCGCCGUCGCCGACCCCGGCCAGGGGACCGACCUCGCCCUUGCCGGUGCCGCACAUCUCGCAGGGCGGCCGCGCCGGCAGCCUCGCGCCGCCGUCGGCGCAGGCGCAGGCCGCAGCCCAACUGCGGGCCCAGCUCCAGGCUCAGCAGGGCGAGCUGCGGCGAGAGCGCGAGCUCGCCAAGGCGGCCGCGUCGCACCAGAAGGCGCUGCGCGCAAAGGAGGAGGAGGUUGGGGCGGCGCGGCGCGAGGCGGCGCGGCGCGAGGAGGAGCGCACGCGCAAGCUGAGCGAGGCGCACAAGGAGCUGCAGCAAGACCUCAGCAAGCGAGACGAGCAGCUCGCCGCGCUGCGCCGCUCGCUCGCGACCGCCGAGGCGUCCGCGAGCGAGGCGCGG